UAUAUGCUAAUGAGUAUUUCCGCCAUCUUGUUUCCUGUCUGCAAGUUGGUGGAGUUCACCCGCCGGCCACGUAAGCUGAAAUAAUCUCCUCUGCUGGGCCUAGAAAACCCUCCUAAACUCAGACAACAUGCGAAGAACUUAGCCAGAAGGAGAGAGGACUCGUGGCUAUAGACUCCCCCGCCGUAUAAGCAUACCGCGGGCGAGUUGUGGGACGUUCUUUCGGACCGAAAGCAACGGGGAAAGGAGAGAGGUGUGCUAGCUACCGCAACUUCGUAAGUGCAUGGGCGUUCGUCUUUAAGUUAAGUUUGCGGAGUUGUUUUGAGGGGGAUGCUUUGUUGAAAAGAAGCUCUUAAUACUCUGCAAGACGUGCCCCAACUCUCAACGAAGGUGACCCACGCUUGCGUUACAAGCUGGGGGAUUAUUCUGUCUUUGCCAAAGCGACGUGUGGGCUCGAUCCUAGCAAAACACACAAUCCGGUAGGCCGCCGUCGAAAAUUUUCUCUUCCGGAUUUGAGAAAUCCCUCAUUUUUUACGAGACCGAAAUUGCGGAGUGUGCGGGCGUUUUGAGGAGGCCUGGGAGUCGUCAAGCCGUCCCUAGUCGCUGAGGAAAACCAUACGCAGGAGACGCAGUCUUGAGUGAGUGUGUCGGGAGAGAGCGAACGUUGCUGUACCGAGUACGCCCUCCUUUCUAGACGGGAGCACGCGAGCUCUCACACCGCAAACUUUCACCACAAUUUCCGGCUCAAAACGGGUGGCUCUACUCCCACAAACUUCAAGUCUACAUCCUCUUUAGGGUAUCUCAAUAUUCUUCAAGAGAAAACCUAAACAUGGCUCGAAGGUUAGCGUACUGUAAAGUUAUCGUGGCGACGUCCAUGGUUUGGUUUAUGUUGGAUGUGAUGCUGAUACUGUACUACUCCGAAUGCGACACGCAAUGUGAGAAAGGCAAACCCGGGCCCGGACCCAUCAAGAAAGGCAUCAACAGCAUCCUCAGUGUCGCCAAGAGCAGUGUUCCAGACGGCCCUGGAGAGAUGGGGAAGGCUGUGAUCAUCCCCAAGGAGAAGGAGAAGGAGAAGAACGAGAAGUUCAAGAUCAACCAGUUUAAUCUGAUGGCCUGCGAGAUGAUCGCUCUCAACAGGACGUUACCUGAUGUCAGGAUGGAAGGGUGUAAAAGUAAGACGUACCCCAAGGAGCUGCCGCGCAUGAGCGUGGUGAUCGUGUUCCACAACGAGGCGUGGUGCACUCUGCUGCGGUCCGUACACAGCAUCAUCAACAGAACGCCUCGCGACUAUCUGGAGGAGAUCAUUCUUGUGGAUGAUGCCAGCGAGAGAGAACAUUUAGGUUCCCAGUUGGAGCGGGGGUUGAGAAGAGUGACCAAGGAGACAGGCGUGCCUGUGAAGCUGGAGAGGAUGGGGAAGCGGUCAGGACUGAUCCGCGCUCGAUUGCGAGGCUCGGGCGUGGCCAAGGGUCCGGUCAUCACCUUCCUGGACGCUCAUAUUGAGUGUACCGAGGGCUGGGCAGAGCCUCUACUGGCAAGGAUAGCAGAAGACAAGAAGACCGUGGUGUGUCCCAUCAUUGAUGUGAUCAGUGACGACACGUUUGAGUACAUGGCGGGAUCAGACAUGACGUACGGCGGCUUCAACUGGAAGCUGAACUUCAGGUGGUACCCCGUGCCGCAACGGGAGAUGGACCGCAGAGGAGGGGACAGGACCAUACCUCUCAGAACUCCCACCAUGGCAGGAGGCCUGUUUGCCAUUGACAAGAGUUAUUUUGAGGAGAUCGGCACGUAUGAUUCCGGCAUGGAUAUCUGGGGAGGAGAAAAUCUGGAGAUCUCAUUCAGAAUAUGGCAGUGUGGUGGGACGUUAGAAAUCGUGACGUGUUCGCAUGUGGGCCACGUGUUCAGGAAGGCCACCCCCUACACGUUCCCUGGGGGGACCGGACAGAUCAUCAACAAGAACAACAGGAGGCUGGCCGAGGUCUGGAUGGACAACUUCAAAGACUUCUUCUACAUCAUUUCUCCAGGAGUUACGAAGGUGGAUUAUGGUGACGUGACAGGAAGGAAGGAGCUGAGAGACAAACUGAACUGUAAACCCUUCAAAUGGUACCUGGAGAAUAUCUACCCAGACUCACAGAUUCCUACUUCAUAUCACUCUUUAGGAGAGAUUCGCAAUAUCGACAGUAACCAGUGCGUCGACAACAUGGCGAGGAAAGAGAACGAGAAAGUCGGCAUCUUCAGCUGCCACGGCAUGGGCGGGAACCAGAUUGUAACAGAAGUAAAGUCCUCCCAGGUGUUCUCCUAUACAAAAGAGAAGGAGCUGAGAACAGAUGACCUGUGCCUUGAUGUCUCCAAACCCGGCGGACCAGUCAUGCUCUUCAAGUGCCACCACCUCGGGGGGAACCAGCUCUGGGAAUAUGACGAAAAAAUCCAGCUCCUGAAGCAUGUGAACAGUAACCAGUGUCUGGACAAGCCCCACGCCGGGUCACCCCAGGAGCCCUCUAUGCAGCCGUGUGAUCCCGGCAAGACUUCACAGCACUGGCAGCUUACCAAUGUGCACCUCCCCAGCCACAAGAGGAGAUAGGACCGACAUAUACUACUUCUACUGUACCUUUCCCUGCAGAGGGAAAUCAUUUUGAUAUCAAAUUUCUACUUCUCUGCUGCAGGUGUCUUAAAAUGGUAACAAAUUUGUGUUGAUCACGAGGUUAGGCAGCAGAAAGGAGGUUAAAGUUUUCUUUAGACAUUGGAAGAAAAUGUAACAAAUAAUGCGUUCGAUUUGAGUGGAAACAAAGACAUACAUUGUAGGAUAUAGUCACUGUGGUUUUCUUUUUACAAAACUGGACAGGUAUAGACUCUCACCUGCUUACAUUUUGAUGCCUAUCAGACACCUUCCUCAGGGCCUCAGAAUCAUACUGGAUUACCACUGCUAUACUGUAUGUAGGUGGCGCUUUGGUAGCCAGAACACAAGCCCAAACAUGGCUUAAAAUUUGUAUCCCCUCAUCCCAGUUUAUCACUGGGGUUAACUUUCUUAUCCAAACCGCCUCCUUAUACUCACUCACUCACUAUCCAGUUUAUCGUCUGUUGUUCCCCAUCUUCCAAGGGUUAGACACGCUUGCACACUGAUGCUGAGGCUUGAUGGCAGCCCACCAUCCUGUGGGUUGACAUAAUCAUUAUAAUCCAAUGGAUUAUCCUCUCUGUCUAUUACCUUGGCCUCCUCCCAGUCUAUUAUUAAUUUGUUAGAAGUUAUAGUUUCUUCUUUUUUCU